AUGUCGGACGACGGCGCUAUGCCUGCACAACACUUCGUCAAGCUCCUCUUCGCGACGUACCCGGCCGCGACCGCGCAGCUCCUGGCGUCGGAGGACAAGGCUUUCUUCCUCGCCAUCUCACAACGCCCGGGCCAGAAGCCGGUCCCUUUCAUUCCUGUUCUCGAGGUGUCGUUCGAGAGGACCAGAAUCGACGAGCUUCAGGCUGAGAUCGCUUCUUUGCAGACAUCCCUGGAACGCGAGCAACGCCUGCGUGCGCUUCACCAGCAGACUCUAGCGACGCAGAGUUACGCCAUCCUCGAACUUCAAGAGCUCCUAGACGUCCAUCGUCUUGACCCCAAUGAGCAAUCGCAGUCACUCCGGGAUCUACCGGACUCAUUACCGAGCACGCAGGCACUCUUAGACUCCGGUCUCGAAGUUCAAGGAGGCUGUCGAGAAGAACAACUGAGGACAUGCCCCGCGCUGUUUGUAUCGUCAAGCACGCUACUCCCGGUUCAGAGCAGGUUCGCGCGUCCAUCGACUGCGACGGCUACAUCGCCACGAUCAUCACGUCCACGCCGCGCGACCAUCACCGAGUAUGCUCACCAUUCUGCCCUUUCCGACCUCCGCCGGCCAACCACGUCGCACAAUACAUUAGUCUUGUUCCAUGUCCGAAUCGUCAGACACGUCCAUCACGUCUGCGUCCGCGUCCACGUCAACAUCAAUGUCCUCAGGCUCAAACUAGAGAAGCUCCUCCGCCACGACGCAGCACGACAGCUGGGUGCGCACCGCGCCCGUCUUCCGAUUAGCCAGCGGUUGGAACGUGUCUCGGCGGCGCAGCACCAUGUUCCCGACAAGCUGCGCGAUGGAGCGCAUCGCACCUUGCCGGGGGCAACGCCGCGCUCCAUCUUCAGGUCUAGCAGGUCGCCCGGCUUCACUGCCAUCUGCACUUACGGCCCUUUCUCGCGAGGACGCCAUUCUUCUCGCUGCGUACGCUUCGCGUUCCGAGGACCAGGACACUAUCGACAUGGUGCUGUCGGCACUCUCACCGUCACCACUCGCGCGCGUUUCGGUAUCAAGUUGCUCGCCUUCAAGCCUUUCAACCCCGCUGGCAAGCGUGCGGAGAUCACGUACCGUGAGGAGGCAGUUGGCCACCUCACGCGCCCCACCAAGGACGGCGGCGGCUUCGAGCUCAUUGGUCUCCUUCCUAUCUGCGACCCUCCCAGUACGGACACCGAGCAGACGUUCGACGAUGCCAUACUUCUCGGCGUCAAGAUCAAGAUGAUCUUCUCGUACGCCGUGGCCUACGGCUCGUACCUCACCUUGUCUACCAUCACCCUUGUUACUAUUUGCAUCAAGUUCGGUGUUCUGUUCGAGGGCGGUGCUACGAUUGCGACGAACCAUAGCGAUCGUAUUUUGCACUCGGUGGUCUACCUCCAGGUUGCCACCAUCUCGCAGGCGCUCAUCUUCGUCACUCGGUCGCACAGCUUCUUCAUGGAGCGUCCCUCGGCGGCUUUGUUCUGCGCAUUCUGCAUUGCGCAGCUCGUGCCGACGAUCAUUGCGGCGUACGCCGACUGGGGUUUCACUAGUACCCAUGGUAUCUCUGGUGGCUGGGUUGGCAUCGUCUGGAUCUGGGACAUCGUUUGGUUCGUCCCUCUGGACUGGAUCAAGUUGACGAUGAAGGCGACGAUCGUCAAGUCUCCGCCAGCCGGUGAGACCAACAUCAGCAUCUUGCGCAACCGCUCUGUCAAGCCGGAGGAGCUCUAG